GGACGUGCGAGGUCGACGGGGAAGUCUUGCUGCACCUCCUCCUCCGGCUGGCGUUGAACCCAGGACACGCGGCGCUGACCGCUGCUCUGCUGACAUGACCGCGGCCGGCGACUGCCCGCCGCCUGCUCCGGCCCGGCCCGUCCGGCCCGUCCGCCGGGAGGCCUUCCCCAUGGCCGCCGAGUCCAGCUGACAGUAGCCGCCCGGGCUGCGUGGCGCCCCAGUGCCCCCAGUGCCCCCAGGACGACGAGGAGGUCCUUAGGACCAGCACGGCCAGCCCCCCGGAUAAUGUGUGGUGCCAGCAAGACGCUCGGCUCCGUGCAAGUGAGGAUAUUCAGUGCGUGACGGUGUUCAGUGUUCCCGCAAGACAGUGAGACAGUGUAGCGCCCCGGACAAGCCGCCGCUUCCGGUCGCCGCCGUCCCCUACAGUGCAGUGCAGAACAAGAACGCGAAACGCGCACCUCGGACUGUCGCCCGCAUUCCUCCAGCAUUCUGAGACACUACUUAUCACCGGCCGUCGGCCCGUCGGCCACACAAACACUCCCGUCACCUUCCCGUCGACGCGGACUCCCCGACAACACUUCGCGCCAAAACCACUUAACGGAACAAGACGGCGACCCGAACCGCCAACGGGACGCUCCUGACAAAGACGCCGAGAGUCGCAGGGACCGCCAAUCUCACUCUCACAAACAACCCUCCCCUCCAGUCCCCCCUCCUGCCUCCCCCCUCCCCUUGUCGCCAUGAGCAAGGCGAGCAAAGCCGGGUACGAGGCGCACGCCCCCCAGCAGGACCUCGAGUCCAUGGGGGCCUUGGGCGUCCGCGCGCACGUCCGCGAAGUCAUGGGGAUGCGCCGGUCCUCCGCGCUCCUGCUGCUCUUCGUGUUCUUCUACGUCGGCUACCUGGUGGCGGGCGGGCUGGUGUUCGCCACCAUCGAGGCCCCCGCCGAGGCCCAGCUCAAGGCGUCGCUGCUGCGCGCGAGGCAGGCCUUCCUGGAGAAGCACCCCUGCGUGUCAGACCUGGACCUGGAGAUGCUGCUGAACGAGGUGGUGUGGGCCGCGGACCGCGGCGUGUCGGCCGUCAACAACGUCACUGGCCACCCCAACUGGAGCUUCGGCCAGUCCAUCUUCUUCUCCUCCACCGUCGUCACCACCAUAGGGUACGGACACGUGACGCCGCUCUCCAAGGUGGGCAAGAUCUUCUGCAUCGUGUACGCCAUCUUCGGCAUCCCGCUGACGCUGGUGCUGUGCACGGCGUUGGUGGAGCGGCUGCUGGUGCCCGCCACGCUGCUGCUGCAGUGGCUCAACGCGCGCCUGGGCCACCUGUACCAGCCCUUCUACAUCCGCCUGCUGCACCUCGCCAUCAUCGUCUCGCUGCUCGUGAGCCUGUUCCUGCUGAUCCCCGCCGCGGUGUACGCGUCCCUGGAGCCGGAGUGGGACUACAUGGACGCGCUGUACUACUGCUUCAUCUCCCUCACCACCAUCGGCCUGGGCGACUACAUCCCCGGCGACUACCCCGGCCAGGCCUACCGCCCGCUCUACAAGGUCCUCACCACAGUGUACCUCCUGGUGGGCCUGACCUUCACCAUGCUCACGCUGGCCGUGUUCUGCGACAUCCCCCAGCUUAACGUGGGCCUGCUGUUCCUGGCCCGCUCCGACGAGACCACCAACGACCCGGAGAAGGUCCGCCUGAACCAGCCGGCGUGCCCCCACACGCAGUACACCCAGCAGCGCGUGCACGUGCGCACCCGGCUCGACUCCCCCAGCCCCGAGGAGGUGACCCCCGUGCACGCGCGGCCCUAGACCUAGAGCCUGGCCCUAGAGCCCAGGCGGCCUCACGCAGCACUCUGUGGGCACACCGUAGGCAUGCCGACGGCGCCUCCUCGGGGCUAGCCGGGAACAGCAACAGACCUGGCGCACCCCACCCCGAGGAGACAGGGCCUAGGCGGGCCCUAGACAGGCCCUAGGAAGGCCCUAGGCUGGCCCUAGGGCGCUCCUUCCCCCUCCCCUUCCCCAAGGUCGAAGCCGUCCUCGACCAGUAGGCUGGUCCCAAACGGAGUUUUCAUCGCUGUCUCUCUCGCCCCCGUACGGGAUGCCCCACGAGUGCGAGAGAGACAGGGCGACGACGAUGUGCGGGAUCGCUCGGCAGCCCACUGUAGUCCCUUCUUCCGGGCCGGGGCCAAGCUCCCGCCCAAGCACCUCCACGACGAAGAGAGCUCUGCCCCGGCGGCCAAGCGGCGAAGCGGAGCCCCGGAAACAGCGGGGAAGCCCCUCGGCGGACCAUCGGGGAAGCGUAGCAGCGACAGCCAGACGAAGUAGCGGCUCGCGGGGCUGGGCGCGUGACGGCGUGACGCUCGUGGGGAGACCUCUUUUCGUCUGUGGUCGUCUAUCCAUAUCGUCGCCUCAAGUAUUUCCCUUUAACACUAGUCAUAUUGGUCCUCCUUCUCCCUCAAGCCCACCGUGGCGUACUUCGUACUUCUACUGCUGACUAUGGCUGAGCUUAGUGACGACUCUCGCCGAGUUUAGACUCACGGCCACCACCCUUCCUAACAUGGACCUCACCUUCCCGCUGCCUUUUAUCUCUCCAGUACGUUGUGAAACAUUUCAAAAUAAAUCUAUGUAGUGUACUGUUCUUUAUGUAGGAGCGUCCGGCUCUAUCUGUAGCGGCCGCCAGUGGCAUGAGUAAGUCAACUCGCCGCCGCGCAAAUGUUUUCUUGUUUCGGUUUGCUGUUUGCUUCGUAAGAACUUAGAAACAUUUCAUCGUAAUUAUUUUUGGCCGCUUUAUAAAAAGUUAACGAAUAGAGGAAGUUUAGUCUGGUGCUGGAGGGUUGGACGGGAAGUGCUAAGAGGGUCGCUACUUUUCGUUUUGUUUCGGAGUGUCACAAGGGAGAAUAAAUAACCAGUCACUCUCUAUUUUGCGAGGGAGGAAUCUCCAUUCAGCCAUGACGCGCAGCGCAGACUGAUUACAAUUUACAAGUAACUAACGCACAUGGAUUCGUUCCCGACGCAUUGUGCUAAUAAAACUGCUGGUGACGUACACGUUUUAUUUUUCGAAUGCCCUCCUCACCCGGUGACUUUGAUCAGCGUUGUUCUCGCCUCCGUUAGAGGUCUGUUAAUCUACAACCAUCUUUAGAUUAGGCUGUGAAACGAUGUCUAGAAUAUAUUUUAUGUAAUUUAUGAUGCACUCAUAGCAAUGCGGUAUACACUCGCGUCAGGUAGGGAAUUCCCUUCCUCGGACCAAAUCCUCCUAUUCCCGCCACUUUUCAAUAUUCCUAGAAAUUGAACAAAGGUUCUGGAUGAAGUCUCCUCGAACUUCGGACAGUCCACCAUCGUCGGAGUCAUGGCGCGGUCCAGAAUCUUAUGACUUCGACUCAAAGUAAUAGACUUUCCGACUGUCCUGGAACUCAAAUCAAAAGCACCGCUUCCGCACACAACCAGUGGAUGUAGUGUAUUUCGACAAGUACCACAGUAGGAGCACAAUCAAAAUAUAUAGUGUCAGCAGUGCUACUAUAAAGAAACAGUGUUGUGAAUGUUAAGGUGAACGCUUGUUUUCGAUGUAAGUAGAAGACAUGUAUUGGAAUCAAUAAAUCCACCACUGACCGCUA